GCGGCGGCCGCGGGCGCGGAGCGGGUGCCGGGCGCCGGGAGCGGAGCGCAGCCAUGCCCCAGGCCGCCUGCGGGGCAGCAGCAGCGGCGGCCGGGGCGCGGGCCGGGGGCGCCGGGGGGCCGGCGGCGGCCCGGGCGCGACGAUGAAGCGGCAGAACGUGCGCACGCUGGCGCUCAUCGUGUGCACCUUCACCUACCUGCUGGUGGGCGCCGCGGUCUUCGACGCGCUGGAGUCCGAGCCCGAGAUGGUGGAGCGGCGGCGGCUGGAGCGGCGGCAGCAGGAGCUGCGGGCGCGCUACAACCUCAGCCUGGGCGGCUACGAGGAGCUCGAGCGCGUCGUGCUGCGCCUCAAGCCGCACAAGGCCGGCGUGCAGUGGCGCUUCGCCGGCUCCUUCUACUUCGCCAUCACCGUCAUCACUACCAUCGGUUACGGCCACGCGGCCCCCAGCACGGACGGCGGCAAGGUGUUCUGCAUGUUCUACGCGCUGCUGGGCAUCCCGCUCACGCUCGUCAUGUUCCAGAGCCUGGGCGAGCGCAUCAACACCUUCGUGCGGCACCUGCUGCACCGCGCCAAGAAGGGGCUGGGCAUGCGGCGCGCCGACGUGUCCAUGGCCAACAUGGUACUCAUCGGCUUCUUCUCGUGCAUGAGCACGCUGUGCAUCGGCGCCGCCGCCUUCUCCUACUACGAGCGCUGGACCUUCUUCCAGGCCUACUACUACUGCUUCAUCACGCUCACCACCAUCGGCUUCGGCGACUACGUGGCGCUGCAGAAGGACCAGGCGCUGCAGACGCAGCCGCAGUACGUGGCCUUCAGCUUCGUCUACAUCCUCACGGGCCUCACGGUCAUCGGCGCCUUCCUCAACCUCGUGGUGCUGCGUUUCAUGACCAUGAACGCCGAGGACGAGAAGCGCGACGCCGAGCACCGUGCGCUGCUCACGCGCAACGGGCAGGUGGGCGGGCUCGCUGGCUGUCUGGGCGGCGGCGGCGGCCGUGGGGGCAGCGGGGGCGGCCGCGGGGGCAGCGGGGGCGGCAGCGGCAGCGCGCACACCACUGACACCGCCUCAUCCCCCGUGGCGGCGGCGGCGGCGGCGGCGGGCGGCGGCGGCUUCCGCAACGUGUACGCCGAGGUGCUGCACUUCCAGUCCAUGUGCUCCUGCCUGUGGUACAAGAGCCGCGAGAAGCUGCAGUACUCCAUCCCCAUGAUCAUCCCGCGGGACCUCUCCACGUCCGACACGUGCGUGGAGCAGAGCCACUCGUCGCCGGGAGCUGGCGGCCGCUGCAGCGACACGCCCUCGCACCGCUGCCUGUGCAGCGGCACGCAGCGCUCGGCCAUCAGCUCCGUGUCCACCGGCCUGCACAGCCUGUCCACCUUCCGCGGCCUCAUGAAGCGCAGGAGCUCGGUGUGAACGCGCGCGGGGGCCGGGGGGCGCGCCCGCAGCGCCCCGGGGAGCGCAGGCGGGAGGAGGGGGCCAGGCGCCGCGGGACACACACACACACACACUCAAACCGCCUUCGGCCCCGUGGGGCGCCCCCAGGACCCCCUCACCACUGUCCCCCUGCCCUCAGCUCCGACUGUGCCUGCUCGCACCAGCCAGCAGAAAGCCGGGGCGCUCAGGGCUCCAGGAGCCCCCAUCGGAGCCCUGCAAAUUCCGAGAAAUGUGAAACGUGGUUAGGGGGGUGGGGGGUCGGGAGGAAAAGCAGAAGCUGGGAGCCGCCCCUCCCUUUGGAAAUCUAAGAAGCUCCUGGGUCCUCAGAGGCCCCCCUGGGACCCAGACAUCCCCCUCCCCCGCUCCCCAGGGGCCUCGCCCCCCUGUUUGUUUGCAUCUCUAUUUAUACCUCUGUCCUGCCAGGUCUCCCACCUCUCCUUGGCUCCAAAAGCCAGGGUGUCUUUGUCCAGGUCCCCCCCCAACAGAGCCCCACUCCCCCGUGCCCCCAGCUGUGGCCCCCAGCCUCCCGCUCCCUUCUGUGGGGCUUGCAUGGCUUUGCGGUGAUGGAGACAGUGGGAACCCAGUGGCCCCUGAAGCCGGUCCCCAGAGGGCAACCAGAAGGCAGGCGCGACAGGCAGACCGCAGCCGGGCACGGGCACGAGGGGAGUGGGGGAAGGCAUUGGCAGGUGCCCCAAGCCACAUGCUCCUGGGGGGCAGGGGAACCCCAGCCUUCCAGACACUGCCCUUGGAAUCUGGAAUGGAAAACUUGCGAUCUAUUGAUAAUGACCACCACAUCUGUGGAGUGGCUUUGAGCCUCCGAAACCCCCAUACUGCCUGCUCAUUUGAGCUCACAGCCACCCAACUGAGUCUCCGGGGAGGGGGAGUUAUUACCCCAUUUUGCAGAUAAGGACACUGAGGCCCAGGAAGGCAAAAUGACCUGCCCAAGGCAAUGCGGGCAGAGUAAAAGACAACGGGGAACAGGGGUCCAGCCUGCCUGUUCCCAGCCAGAACGGUUUUUCCCUCCAGCUCGGCCUGUUCCGGGAAGCAGAAUUCCCACCCUGUGUACCUGGCAUCGUGAGAACAGCUGGGGUUUCUCCCAGACCUGGGCCACUGCUGAGGCCAAGCCUGUGCUGCCCUUAGAGGAGGCGGGGGAGGGCCUUGGGACCAAGGUUAGCAGGGCUGGGUCUCACAGAGGCCAGGAGCUGGGGCCCACUGAGUCUGGGACUUGGGCAGGUCAGCCAAGAGCACUGGCAGCCACAGCCUACAGAGACAGCACCCUGGCCCGCAGCUGUCACUGGUACCCACAUCCCAAGGGAGUAGAGGUAAGCUGACGCUGAACCUGGGUGCCCUCUGCCCAGCCCCUGCAGCCCAGAAGCCCCAGGGAGCCCACAGAUGGGUGCUCACUGUCCAGGACCUGCAGCUGGAACAGGUGUAGUGACCAGGACAACAUCCUGGGGGGAUACACGGCGUCUCCUCCCACAAGAAUGGCUUCGAGUACUGUUCCCUGUCGGUCAGGGAGGAUGGGGGAGGGGCGCGCAGGUGAUCAGCCCCAAACCCGGCCCCCGCCACAUCCGGGGGACCCCAUGGAGGGAAGCAGUCCGGCCUGCGUGUGAGUCUUGUCUCACUGUGGAGUAGCUGAAUGUCCACGUGCCCAGGAGCUUCUGGGGGUCCCCUCUGUGUUUAUGUUGGGGUGUGGGCAGUGUGACUGCCUCUGUCCUGUGUGUGACCCUGCCCUCGAGGGGUCCUGUCCCGUCAGUCCCGAGGGAGCCACGACCAAAGUUGCAGAGAGAGAGAGGGAGUGGGGAGAAGGCGGACGCACGGCCCAGGCUGGGUGUGGCUGGCAGCCCGUCUGCGGCUGGGUCUUCCCCGGGGCCCUGGAAGGCCGACCUUGCUCCCCUUCUCACCCUGUCCCAUUGCAGGCAGCCUUUCUGCUUUCCCGAUGCCUUAUGCCUGGGCACACUGCCACAGAAUAUGCAAUAUGUGUGGGUGACCCGCCCCACACCCACACCCGGGCAGCCCCGGGACCCCCAAGGCUAUGGCUGCCACGGCCUGCCCUCAGCUCCCCUGCCUAUCUGUCUUCACACUGAGAAUGGCGCCUAAUAAAUGCUGUCCUUGGAGACCA